GUUUAAAAGUCACUUUGAGUACGAUAGCUUGACGUUUACGGACGUAUAUCCGGCGCACACAGAACAUAUUUAUUUACGUUUCGCAAUAGAUCUAUCAAAAUUUUUCGUGUGGAUUAUUUCUAGAUGCAACAUUAAGUUGUCUGUGUUUCUUUCAAACACGCAAAAUUCUCAGUGGAAGAUCUCAGUCCUAAAGUAAUAAUUUACAAAAAGUGACCAAAGGCGGCCAGCAAAACAACGGAAAAUUCGCAGAAAAAACUAACAAACGGAUUUGUAAACAAAGCGAUUACAUAUCAUGUUAUUGAAAGUACCAUCUGUUGACUGGACGGACCAAAUCAUUUAUGUGGUGGAAGACGACGAAUCCCUGUCGGACAUUGAUGAUGAGCCCGAUUUCUCCGAAUAUAUGUGGAUGGAAAAUGAGGAGGAGUUCGAUAAAAAUGAACUGCAACGUCUUGAAGAGGAGGAGAUUAUGCAAGAGUGUUUUGAAGCCAUGAUCGAGGAUGAAUUGGAGGAGCAAAUAAAUGAAUGGGAGAAGGCCAAAACUGAAGAGCAAAAUACGGCUCUUUCGGCCCUGCCAAAAAGCCAAUGUAAUGUUGAGAAGUCCAUACUAAAUCCUAUGGCCGAUGAAUUUAUACCCCGUAGUCAUAUAAUGGACUUCCCAGCAUCCUAAAGCUCUUCACACCCAUUCACUUACACAUAAACAUAUAUGUAUGCAAAGAAAAUCCUAUGAAAGAUAUGAUCAGCAUUCAGUGCAAAUGGGCCAAGAAACAAAACUAACAAAACAAAAAGACGAGGAAGAACUAAUUCUCUUUACCCCCCAAAAAAAAUGAACAAAAACUAAUGCUGGCAACCGAAUUGUAAACGAAUAAUUUUUUUUU